AAUUUAAUGUUAUAUCAUAUAUCAUAUAAAAAAAAUUGUAUUUUUAGUUUAUUUUAUUUUAUUUUUGUCCUUUUGAUCCUUGUUUGGUUGCCGAGAAAACUGAAAGGAAACCAAAAAAAAAAAAAGAGAAGGAAAGAGAAAGAACUCUGCUUGUCUCAGGAAGAGUCAUGGUUUUCCUUGCUUCCCAAAACUUUCCGUGACGAUUCAGUGACCAAAUCUUCGGUUUAGAAGCCAUUGAGUAUCUGAAAGCAGAAGAAUCUGAAAUCUUUAUGGCAAGUGUUUUUCCCCUGUGAUAGCUCGCUUGCAGUUGAAGUUUCUGAAUGCGAGAGAUUAUACUGAUUGUGUAUAGAUAUUCGCGAUUUUGGAGUAGCAAUCAUGAGAUUCAAGAAGGGGAGUGAAGUUGAAGUGUUUAGCAACAGGGAAGUCCCAUCAGGAGCAUGGCGCAUUGCCGAGAUAAUAUCGGGAAAUGGGCAUUAUUACAAAGUCAGGUAUGGAAGUUAUGCAUGUAUUGCGUCUGAUGGAGAGAGGGUACCGAGGAAAAGUAUAAGGCCUUUGCCUCCUCCGGGGGAGGUUGUAAAAUGUUGGGCACCUGGUGACAUUGUAGAAGUUUUUGAGAAUUCUUCUUGGAAGAUGGCAGCGGUUUCCAAGAUUUUGGCGAGGGAUUGCUUCUUGGUUAGAUUACUUGGAUCCUCACUGGAAUUCAGAGCAACCCAAUUCGACAUUCGGGUUAGACAAUCUUGGCAAAAUGAUGGGUGGAUCACGAUAGGGCAGGGUUCUAAAGGUGUCAAUGAAGGUCAACAUGAUCAAUCUUUAUCCAUCAAGUGUAAAGCAAGAUUAAGCACUCAGUCUCAUGUAAGAAACUCAAGGAAAAAGCUGAACCUGAAAGGUGAUGUUAUUACUCUUGAGAGUAAAGGCGAGCUUGACGAUUUUGAUGUUCUUUCAUCUAAAGGUUUAAAGAGAAAGCCCUACUCUCUGGUUGAACCACAUGGUCUUCGAACUGCCCAGAAAAUCAGAGCGGUUGAAAAAGGCUGCAGACCAAAUAGACCUUUGGCUGCUGCUUACCCGUCAACCUUCCUUGAAAAGGUAGAUGAUAAUACCCUUUUCCCAGGGAAAACUAUACACGAAAAAUACAAUAUUGGUUCAACCGAGAAUCGAACUGGCAGCUUUGCUGAUGUAGCUGAAUCUUUGUUGGCAAAAGGCGUAGAAGAAGAAGAAGAAGAAACAGAAAGUAUUGCUUCUUCUGUCGGUAGUUGUAGCAUUGGUUCGUAUAGUUUCGUCCCGAUCGAAGACAUCAACGAGAAUACUUCAAGCGAUGCAGAAUCAGUUUGUGGCUCAGAGAGUCAUAGAAGAAAGACCAUUCGACCGGGGAAGCACUCGGAAGGUGAACUCCAUAGGUUAGAGCUGGAUGCAUACCGUUGCACGAUAGAGAGACUUCAUGCUUCCGGGCCUAUAACUUGGGAACAAGAAGUAUGGAUCACGAAUCUCCGAGCCGCCCUUAACAUAUCGAACGAUGAACAUCUGGUUCAGAUAAGAAAUCUUGUCUCUGCUGAUAACAGCACUGUUUACAGAUAACGGGAAAAAUGUCAUUACCCUGUUUUCUUUCUCUAGACUUUUGUCCUGAUUUUCUGCCAAUUGUCCAUCUAUGAUGUUUUAUAGAAUAAAUUGAUCUAGGCUGUACAAUUUGUACACUGUAGAGCAUUUGAAUUCAUGAGUUCAUAAAUGUAUAAUUCCCAGUUUUUUUUUUGGGUGUGUUUUCACUGAUUCAGGAGAGUUGCUUUGUAUCUAUGGAAGAGUCCUUGUCUUUACUGUCAGAAAAACUUUUGUUAGAUGGGUUUCUACUAAUGCUGCAGAUUCUCCAGACAGCCAUUUGAAGCCG